GAGGCUGAACAUAUAAAGACAAUUGUUCCUGUCGUGGCAUGAGGGAUCCAGGACUGAGAGCAGCCUCCAGAGACCCCUCAGAGCCCCGCAGAGGUGCGCUGUGAGCCUCAGUCCCUCCGUGGCUGGGUGAACUUUAUAUCGAGCAUAUAUUAACACUUUGUGGCCUGUUUUUUUUUCCUCCUCUAAGGCUGGAGGACUCCAUUUUGAAGGGACCGGGUGUGCAGCCACAGACUACACAGCAACUCGGCUCAGGGAAGGAAACCCGUCUGUUUUUCCGGGGAGGAACCAUGCCAGCAUGAGUGGGUCUUACCCAGGCCCUGGCAGAGAGACUCAUCAGUCCAGCUGCCCUUUGACCCCUGGUCGCGACCUCUCCACCCACUCCUGCACCUCUAGACACCAUGACCACAGGCUCGGGCUAACCAUGUCUGCCACCGCCUCCUCCCUCAAGCAUGCAUCCAUCUAUGGAUUCUCACACAGGGACCACUCGUCCUCCUCUUCUUCCUCUUCAUCCUCCUACAGUCCUCUCAGGAGGCUGCAGCACCUCACCACCAUGGUGAGCCAGCCUGACCUGGUCCUGCCGGUGAGGGAGCCCGAGAGGAGCUGGGAGUGGGGGCUGAGUAAGAAGGAGAGGGGGAAGGGGAUGGAGAGGGACUCCUGGGCUGACGGUGAUUAUUCUGGCACGCAGAACACCAACAGGGAGGAGAGCUUCAGUAGCUCCUCAGCUGGAUCCAAACAACCUGUGGUCCAAACUAAAAGUCGAGACAUGCCAGCAGCCAAUCGCAGCGACCCUGUCGUCUCAGAGAAAAAGAACGAAGGUUGUUUCUCCGGCCCGCCCAGCCCAGCCUUCUCUCUUGAUAGCAACAGCCCCUUUGCUAACGGUUUCCUCCACUUUGAGUCCUCUUUGUUUGAGGAUGACGACAAUGAUGAAGAGCGGGAGAAGGUGUCGCCUCUGGGAGGCUUGCAGGACAAACACGAUCAGGCACGGAAUGUUCUUCCGUCCACCCCUGGACACUUGAAUUCGGACUCCAAGGAUGCUCCCCUGUCAUCCGCCAAGGUCAUCACCCGGUCCCAGUCCUCAGGUCAGCGCAGGAGAUACUGGGACGGCUCGGAUGACGAGUGGGAGAGUGACACUGAGCUGUUCCUACUCGAGGAUAGUCCCUCAAGGCAUUCAUUGUCGAACAGCCUCAAGAAAAAGUCUUUGCCGCCUGUGAAGUUUGUGGAAGGUGAAGUUAUUUGGGCAAAGUUCAACCGAAGACCAUGGUGGCCCUGUAAGGUGACCGUUGACCCCGUACAGGGAAUCUAUCACCGAGUGAAAGAACCCAGUGACCGGCCCUGUCGGCUCUACCAUGUCAGGACCUUUGGGGAGCCCGUGGAGCUAACCUGGGUGGAGGAAAAAGCAACUCACAGUUUCCAUGGAGGGUUUGAAUUUGAACAGCUGCCCCUACUGCGUCGGAGGGGGAAGCAAAGGGAGCAGAACUACAAAUACACUAUUGCAAAGCGUUAUCAGGACUCUUGGAAAUCCAGCGUGGCAGAAGCGGAAUUUUUUCUCCAAGAAAAACCCAAAACAGAUUCCUCCAUUCCUUCCUCCAUAGACGAUGCCUUCCACGACAGUCCCACAGUGGAGAGCGAGAAUAAGGCCCAGCCAACCUUUCUUCCCUCCCCUUCACCACUUCCACUUCCGGAGUCAUCGCACUUGACCAAUGGAUCCAUUUCAUCCCCACUUACAACUCCAGCAAAGCCAAGCACUUUAAGGAAAUCUGGCAAGAAGAAACCAAGUAAAUCGUCAAAGGACAUGAGUAGCAAACACUCUAAAAAGACGUUGCAUAAUAGCCCUGACCAGUCAGAUAGAGACAGUGGAGAAUGCCCAUAUUCUGACCUCGACUCAGUCCCUAAGAUUUUGUGUCCUAAAGCACUUGAACGUCAGUCUAAACUAGCUCCAACUCAGCCAUCCGUUACAGUUGUCAAAGAGGUGAAGAAGCAGCCAGAGAUUCAGAGUGGUCUGUGGUUCAGUAAAUCAGGCAAAGACAGACGACCCAAAACAACCAGUCCGAUGCCGGACCGCACUCUCUUUAGUAAGGUGCCCUGUAAGAAGAAGAACUCAUCUGUUGUAACUAAAAAGACACUGGUUCCUAGUGCCUCCUCUUCCAGUGGUGGGCUCAGUGACCAGUCAGUGUUGUCAGACAAGCAUAAGACUCCUGCUGAAACAAAUCUGUCACCUGAACAUUUGGGACAUUCAAAGUGUAAAAACCCCCUGGUUGCUAACAGGCCUUUUGGUACAGCUGGCAGUCCCACUGAACAGUCAGGACUGUCAGACAAGCAGAAGUCCCUCGUCUCUGUUGAGACUGGUGUGCCCUCUGACAAGUGUGGAUAUUCAAAGGGUAGACAGAUUGUCAGUAAUACAACUGACACUACUACUGGCUUGCUGUCUGACCAAUUAGAUAGCUCAGAUGUUGAAAAGGCCUCACAGCCGCCUAGCCCAGUCACUGUCAAUGACCAGUCCAACCAAUCCAGAUUGAGAGUCGGUCGAACUGAACAUUCAGACAUGAUGGCUAAUAAAAAGAUCCAUGUAACUGACAGGAUUUCUGACCAAGCAGAAGAAAAAGAAACUAAAAAGAGUCCAGGGUCCCCUUUAAAUAUUGACACUACUGACCCAUUAGUAAGGCCAGAAAAGCAAACAAGUCUGGUCUCGAAGUGUAGGCUGCCAUUUGUCAAAUUAAUACGCAAGGACAUGAAGGGUAAAAAGUUCCUAAAUUCCAGUGUAACUGUUAGCCCUGGUGACCAUCCUGGAUGUACAAAGAAUGAAAAAACACCAGAUACUGAUGUGACUAAAGUGUCCACUAAACAAUCAGAUUGGGUGGACGGCAAAGCAAGUGUCUCCUUAGAGCAGGUAGUCAGUUCAGAAUCAAUAAAGGUCUCAGUUAAGAAGUUGAAAGCAAGUGGUGGGACUGGUGUUCUGCGUCUCUCAUCAGAAUCAGGAAAAGCUAAAACUGUCGUUGCCUCCAGUGUGGCCAGUGUGUCUGAUGAGUUACGUAGCCAAGAAGCAGAACAGGUUUUAAAUGUGAGCCCUGGCAAUGAGACUUACUCAUCCUCUAACCAAUCAGAACAGCCAGAAGGAGAGAAGGUGUCUGCAUCCAAUGGAACAAGCAUGUCCUCUGAAGAGUUAGGCAGCUCAGAGCAAAACAAAACAUCUGCCACUAGUACAGAUUUUAAUGCAACUCCUCUGCUUUUGCACCGACAUGGGGAUUCAGUAUGUAAGAAAGCUCAUGUGCCUGAAGGCCUGUCUUCUGCAAAAUCCAAGAAAGUCAUCCACAAGUCAAAGCAGGUUCAAGAAGAAGUCAAGAAAGUCCUUCUCCAUGAGCAGCCUGCCCACCUCCCAGCUAGCAGUCGGCUGAUGACCAGAGCCCUGAGGGCCAUGCAGGAGGCAGAACAGAAGAAGCGUGAAAAAGCCAGAAAGGAGGCUGAGCAGAAGGAACUCUUAAAUCCUUACAGAAAAGCUGAGGAUCUUGUGUGCAACACUGCGCGCAAGUCCAAACUGGACUUUAGCAAUAAAAUUAAAUCUCUUAAAUCUCAUCAUAAUGACAAUGGCGGGUAUGAUCAGGACACGUUUUCUAGCUGUAGCACCCCCUCUUUGACGUUUUCUGAUACGGUUGACUUCGAAGUUGAUGUCAAAAGCGAAGAUGAAGACCUCUCAAUAUCCUCAACUCCACCAAUGGACUUCAUACCCCUUACUUCUAAGGUAAAGGCCAAGAGGGAAGAUCAUUCCUCUGAUAUACACUUCUCUUCCUCGCCUCCCUCACCAUUUGCUUUUAUGAAUGCCUUUAAAAACGUGGAAGAGGUGUCCUUCCAGUCCCUGACAAAUGAGAGCGAUGGUAAACCCAUCUCUUUCAAACCAGAUGCAAACUACAAGUUCAGCACUUUUCUCAUGAUGCUCAAGGACUUGCAUGACACUAGAGAACGAGACGGGACCCCCUUAGAACUGGAAAUUGGGCCCCCAAGUGCACAUGUUAAGGAGGAACCUUUAGUGAUGCCUGGAGAGGUUACACUCACAGGCCAAGCUCAACAAAUUGAACAUGUUAAAAAUUCAAAUUCAAGUCUAGACAAAACUGAAAUCAAACACAAUGAGGAGAGCACAGGUCAGGCGUCCAAGAGGCCCUACAACAGAAGGGGCAGUUCCACUGGCGUUAGAAAGAAAGCCAACCGUAAAGUGCCUUGUCGUCCUGCCAGGUCUGGACCUGGUUUCCCAGGACUGGAGUCCUUGCCAGCAGUAGACUCUUCAUCAGGAGUGGAUUGCUCAUCAAGAGUCCAGUCCCUGUUGGGCAUACAGACCAGUGGCUGGAAGAAGCAGCCUGGAGAUAGUGAAGGAGUGGCGGGGGAGGAGGAAGACAGGUGGAGCAGAAUAAAUGCGAAUCUACAGAACAUGGUGCCUUUGGAGCAGAGGGGGUGUGACACUACGCUGUGUCUGGAAAAGCCGAAUGGCCUUGUUGGAGGCUGCACUGAGACUAACACAAACUUUAUGUACAAGGCUGGAGAGGGCGACAAGGCUCCAAAAGCACAUAAACGAAUUAGGAAACCAAGCAAGAGGCUGAUUGAAUGGACUGAAGAAUAUGAUCAGAUUUUCUCCACCAGGAAGAAAACCAAAAAGCCUCUCCAGUUGAUUGGAAAGGCUGCUCAGCCCAUAACGUCCACGUCUGAACCCCCGGGAUCGGACAACAGCGCACACGACCACCCGUCCUUGAAUUUGCUUCCUGAAAUACAGACCCCACCUCCUGAGGAGAUCACCGCAACAACACCCUCUGAAAUACAAAUUCCCAGCACUGAAAACACAACUACCCAAGAUGCACCGGUGCUUUCCAUCGACACACUAACCCCUCCUCCUGAAGCUGACCCCUCACUGUCAGAAGGCCUCGUCAAAGACAAUGGAAGUGCUCCUGUGCUGGAGAAGAAGCGGAAGAGGAAACCAACGCAGAAGAUCCUGGAGUACUGUCUGGAGGCCGAGGCCUCAACAGGCCCCAAAAAGAAGGUCAAAACACUGAAGAAUAAUUCAAAUCAUGUGGCUCAGUCAGAUUCUGGACCGCCAUCUUUUAAAUCAAAGAGUAAGCAGCUCACAGCAGCCAGCUCCGCACCGACACCCACAGAAGCUUCCACCUGUGCGCCCAAAGAUCCCCCUCCCACCUCUCCUGCACCUUCCACUCCAGCGCCAAACCCACCCGAACCUGCCCCAGUGGAGACGGCGUCAGAAGGCAUAAAUGCUCCUCAAGCAGAAGACAAAAAGGACACAGCAGAUUCAGAGGGUGACCUGUCCGGCUUGGAUCACAGCUUCUCCUCCAUGAAGGACGACUUGUUGCUAUGCGAUGAUCCACUUUUACCCUCGAGGAAGAUCAUUGGGGACCGAGGAGGUCCUGCCUCCAUGAAGGAGAAUAUAUGUCAGGUGUGUGAGAAGACGGGGGAGCUGCUGCUGUGUGAGGGUCAGUGCUGUGGAGCCUUCCACCUGCCCUGCAUCUCUCUGGCCGAGGCCCCUAAAGGGAAGUUUGUCUGUCCGGAGUGCAAAUCAGGCAUCCACACGUGCUUCAUCUGUAAGAAGCGCAGUGAGGACGUGCGGCGUUGUAUGAUUCCUGUGUGUGGGAAGUUUUACCACGGGGAGUGUAUCGCCAACUACGCCCCAACCGCGCCUGUGAACCGAGGCUUCCGCUGCUCCAUCCAUGUCUGUCUCACCUGCUUUAUCACCAACCCCAACAGCUCGUCCAUCUCUAAAGGUCGCCUGGUUCGCUGUGUGCGCUGCCCGGUAGCCUAUCACGCUACAGACCUGUGCAUGGCAGCAGGCAGCGUCAUCCUGUCCAACAACAGCAUCAUCUGCCCUAACCACUUCACCCCCCGCCGCGGCGUCAAGAACCACGAACACGUCAACGUCAGCUGGUGUUUCGUCUGCACUGAAGGUGGCAGUCUGCUGUGCUGUGAGUCUUGUCCUGCCGCGUUCCACCGGGAGUGUCUGAACAUGGAAAUGCCUAAAGGCAGCUGGUACUGCAACGACUGCAAGGCUGGGAAGAAACCUCGCUACAAGGACAUCCUCUGGGUGAAGGUUGGCCGUUACAGGUGGUGGCCAGCAGAGGUCAGCCAUCCCAAAACAAUCCCAGAGAACAUCCAGCGUAUGAGGCACGACGUCGGGGAGUUUCCCGUCCACUUCUUCGGCUCCAACGACUACCUGUGGACCUACCAGGCCAGGGUCUUCCCUUAUAUGGACGUGGACGCCAACAGCAAAGAGAAGAUGGGGAAAGGUGUCGAUGCCACCUACAAGAAAGCUUUGGAGGAGGCGGCUGUUCGAUUUCGUGAGCUGCAGGCGGAAAAGGAGCUUCGGCAGCUUCAGGAGGACAGGAAGAACGACAGGAAGCCUCCGCCCUACAAACAUAUCAAGGUGAAUCGACCAAUAGGAAAGGUUCAGAUAUUUACGGCCGACCUAUCAGAGAUCCCACGCUGCAACUGUAAGGCGACAGAUGAGAGCCCGUGUGGCAUGGACUCAGAGUGCAUCAACCGCAUGCUGCUGUACGAAUGUCACCCACAGGUUUGUCCGGCGGGCGAACGCUGCCUCAAUCAGGCAUUCACCAAGCGUCAGUACAGCCAGGUGGAGAUCUUUAGGACGCUGUCUCGAGGCUGGGGGCUCCGCUGUGUCCAUGACAUCAAGAAGGGUCAGUUUGUGAGCGAGUACGUCGGGGAGGUGAUUGAUGAGGAGGAGUGCAGGUCCAGGAUCAGACAUGCCCAGGAGAACGACAUCUGUAACUUCUAUAUGCUGACGCUGGACAAGGAUCGAAUCAUCGAUGCCGGGCCAAAGGGGAAUGAGGCUCGCUUCAUGAACCACUGCUGUCAACCCAACUGUGAGACGCAGAAGUGGACGGUGAGCGGAGACACCCGGGUGGGACUGUUCGCCCUUGUUGACAUCACUGCAGGCACAGAGCUCACCUUCAACUAUAACCUGGAGUGUUUGGGGAACGGGAAGACGGUCUGUAAGUGUGGAGCGCCAAACUGCAGUGGCUUCCUGGGCGUCAGGCCAAAGAACAACCCUCCGUCUGAAGACAAAGGUCGUAAACUGAGGAGGAGGGGCCACGGCAAGAGGAAGAACAAGGUGGUGGUGACCAAAGAACGAGAGGACGAGUGUUUCAGCUGCGGAGAUGGAGGACAGAUGGUUUCCUGUAAGAGACCCGGCUGUCCCAAAGUUUACCACGCCGACUGCCUCAACCUCACCAAGAGACCUGCAGGUCGUUGGGAAUGCCCGUGGCACCAGUGCGACAUCUGUGGAAAGGAUGCGGCGUCCUUCUGCGAGAUGUGCCCUAGCUCCUACUGCAGCCAGCACCGCGACGGCCUGCUCUUCAUCUCCAAGCUGGACGGCAAACUGUGCUGCAGCGAACACGACCCCUGCGGGCCUGAACCGCUGGAGCCAGGGGAGAUCAGGGAGUACACCCCCGAGCCCAGAGCCCUGACCUCGGGGCUGGGCAUGGCCAUCAUCCCCUCUGCUGCUCCUAACGCCAACACUAGUCAGAUCCCGACCGCCAGGAAGGUCCAGGAGAUCAGUAGCAGCGCCGGCACGUGUACCUCUGAGCCGCUUCCUGCUUUCUCCAUACCGGUACCCAUCACUAUCCCCGUCGCAGCGCCCGCCUCUUCGCCUCCCCCUAGCAGCUCAGAUGCCCCCAGCAGCCCACCGGUGUAUGACCUCCCACACUACUCGCCCAUCUCCUCAUAUGAGGAGGAGAGGGAUGUCUUAGAGGAGGAUGAGGAGGACGAGGAGCUGCUGGAGGAAGUGGAGGACGAGUCAGAGGAAGAGGGUGAGGUGGGGAGGCAGAAAUCAGAUCCUCACGAAGAGGAUGGAGAGGAGGUGAUGGAAUACCUGGAGAUCAAAGAGGAUGAGGAGGAGGAAGAGGAGGACGAUGAGGAAGAGGAGGAAGAAGAGGAGGAGGAGGAGGAAGAGUGACGCACAGUGGAUUAUUAUUUACAGUGGAACAGAUUAACUGCUACACAGAAGCAGUCACUACAGCGGGGACGCAAAUGAAGAUUAACCAAUCACACGCAGCCCAGUCUGUCACUGUACCCAGCGAGCAGGUGGAUGUACGGAGGGCUCUUUAGGACAAAUCUAAAUCAACACAUAAAUAAAUUGUCCAUAAAUAAACAGCAUUAAUACUGUAUAGACUCAUAUAUACACAGACAGGUAUUACUGAUUUAGUUUUGUCCUAUGAGUCGCUCCUCGUGUGGUGACACAGUGACUUUGCACACACUGGCGCUGACUGCACCUUGAUGUGGGAGAUCUGACAAAGAAAAUUAUCUGGAACUUCUACAGACCGUAGAACUUGGGAUUUGUAAACAUAUUUCACGUCACUACUUGUUUUCUCACCUGCUGGUUUGUUUCAGUAUUUCUUCUCACUAGUAUUUCAGCAAGUUGACCUGCAAAAAAAAAGAAAAAAAAAAAAAAAAAAGCUUCAUGUAAUUGGAGACAGUUCCUGUUUCUGCAGAGCCGGUGUGUACUGUAGGUGUUUCGUGCUAGAAAAGACUGCACUGUAGCUUCCUGUCAGGGUGGGGUGAACUCUCCAGUCUUCGGUAAAUGACCUCAGCUUGGUAACAUUUGAAUCAGACGGUGGCCACGUUUGCAAAAUACCUGAUUUUUCCCAUAAAUAGAUCAGUUCUCUGUCCCUGCAGGGAUCACCUUCAGUUUGGGUUGUGUUUUAAACAUGGAUGUCGCUCCAAAUCAGGGCCGGAAAAUCUUGGUCGACUGAAAUUCUACCAACUCUUCAAGGAGAGGGAACAGAUUAAGUAAAUCGGCUGCUACCUGGUGGUGUCGGUGUCCACCACAGUGUUUCUUUCAUGAGGCUAGUGUAUAUUUUAAAUCCUUUGCAGUGGGCACUGAGCCUGGGCGGCAUGGCGGUGCAGUGGUUAAGAGAGUUAUGGGUUCGCCGGGGCCCUUCUGUGCAGAGUUUGCAUGUUCUCCCUGUGUCAGCGUGGGUUUCCUCCAGGUGCUCCAGCUUCCUCCCACAGUCCAAAGACAUGCAGGUUAAUUGGUGACUCUAAAUUGUCCGUAGGUGUGAAUGUGAGUGUGAAUGGUUGUCUGUCUCUAUGUGUCAGCCCUGUGAUAGUCUGGUGACCUGUCCAGGGUAUACCCUGCCUCUCACCCAGUGUCAGCUGGGAUAGGCUCCAGCCCCCUGCGGCCCUUACAGGAGAAGUGGUUAUGGAUAAUGAAUGAAUGAAUGGGUGCUGAACUGAGUUUGACAUUUUUUCUGGUUGCUGGGAGUUGAAAAAUGUUCAGCUUUAAUUAAAACCCUGCGUCGUUUGUCACUGGUACUUUAGGCUUGGGUGGUAUCAAGGUAUUCCCAUAUACCAGGCUUUUUAGAAAUCCCAAAGGUCUGAUUUUAACUACCGUCAAAAAUAAAAAUGCAUCUCUUCUAUUAAACUGCUGCAGAGAUGUUGUAUUGACACCAGAGUUUACACUAGACUUUGACGGCCAAUAUAGCUGUUAAUAUUCCAGAAUUCCUGCCACAGAGAACAACUGUCAAACACACUGUAUGUUUUAAAUAUUCAUAUAAACAGCCCACAUUUAUACAGCAACAAAACACUUUGAAUUAAAUAACCUGAAAACAAGCUAAAUGAAGAAGUGGCCUGUUGAACAGAGUGACGAAUCACAGGUUUAGUGGAAGAGGAGGAAAAGGACUUGAUGAGCCAAGCAUCACUGUAAAUUACCAAGUCUGCUAUUCACCGUUGGGCUUGCAGUGGAGGAGUGAAGCAUAUUUCUGGUCUGAUCUACGAGGAGACUUGCAGUGUGUUGAGCAAUGCCUGACAGCGUUCUCACUGAACGUCUGCGGCUUGCAAGCAUAGUGUUUACACAGACAGCGUUGCUGCUGUAACUACUGUAUUUCCACUAUUAAAAGCUAGUACUCUACAAUUUUUUGGCGCUGUGCAAGCAAUUGCAUCGUCAGCAACACAGUCCUGCAAAUAUUUCACAAUAGAAAGCCUCGUGUUUACAAAUGAAGGGAUUCCGUCCACAGAAACGCUGUUAGAGCGCUUUUAUUUUGAAACGUAAACAGGAAGCGUUGAGUUAGUUGUGUCACAUGAAGACAUCAAAACUGUAGUGAAAGGUGGUAUAAUGUCAGUAUGAUCAAAGACCAUUUUCAAACUCUGUUUUUGCUGAAAACAGCGCACGUCACCCAUGGAAAAUAGGCGAGAUUCCUAUUCUCAAGAUGUUCCACAGCUGAGCAGCAGCCACACUGCACCUGAACAGCGCUGCUCACGGCAGCAGUGUGGCUGCUCUGACUUGUUAACACUGGCGCUGGGAAAAAAAACCCCAAGAGGUUCUGCCUUGCACACGUGCUGCUCAUGUAGGCAAUGUGGCCUGGGAAGACUGUGACCGACGUGGAUGAGGCGUAUGCUCCAAAGAAAAUCUGGUCUUUAUAUGUUUAUAUUUAAGUCGCUUGGCAACUAAUCUUAUAGGUCACACAGUGUUAGGCUAUUUGAUGUAUUUAAUUAGUAUUAGUAUUAAUUAAUUAAUUAAUUUAUUUGUCAUAUUUCCCACUGGACAAUUUAGCCGCUGAUACUUUGAUCUGCCGGACAACUACAUGUGAUGCAAGCCAAAAGCCAGCUUACAAACUCUGAUUGAACUGAUGUAGUUCACAGCUCACACCACCAGAGGUCAGUGUCUACUGGGGAACAGGCAGCUGAGCUGAGAAAGAUUGCAAGUGGUGGGGAUAACGUUACAGGAGUAGUGUAAAUUAGGAUGCCUCUGCCCGUGUUUUGGAGUAUCACUGUAUAUAAAUUUUCAUGAGAUGAAUUCUUCUAACUACAAAAGCAGUCACACCAAGUUUUACUAAGUUCUUGAGCAAGAGGGGUGCUUAUUUCCUAUCUUGUCAUUAUUCUUUGGGGCAUAAGUAUUUAAACCCAUCAAGACUUUUCUAAGUCUGUCUGCGUAUUCGCAACACAUUGUUGGCCAGACAAUGUCAGUACAUGCUACUGUGACUUUUAUCACCAGCAGCUCAGCUUUAUAUUGUUCACCCCAGUGAUAUGUCAGGAAGGAAUGAAAAACAGAUACCGCUGAAGCCUAGUCACUUGUUACCUGCUGUCUAAUCACAGUGAAGGAGGGGCGGUACAAA